UUAUCUAUCUUAAUUUCGAUAAACAAAAGGAGGGGAACAUUUAAAAUCGAAUCGUCCGUUAGUUUGCCAUCAAGCGCGUUUGUUGCAGGACGCGACGGAACGUAAAUAAUUUUUUAAUCUGUUUUGUUUGGACUUUUACGUCAAAGGGAUUCUGUGAUGAGAAUUUUUGUUUACUUGCCAAGAAAUUAUAUUUUGGUUUGUUUGAUUCAUUUCCAAUUUUGUAUUUUCACACGUGAAUAGUUUUUUUGAUAACAAAAUGGAUAUGCAAGUGGAAAUCUAUGCAGGUGAUGUGAGGUUCGACAGAACAUGGGUCGAACAAAUAAUUUUGCAAUUGGCUGAUACGUUUGACAUCCGGAUAGUAUGGGACAGCAAUGCAGCAUUACUGACUACCGUUAUGGCAGUUGCUGGCGGCGUCAUGGGCGGGUAUGCAGGGGGACGGCUCGGUGCUGCUCUGGGUGCCGGGAUUGGUGGAGCCACGGGGUUGGGAGUUUCAACUGUAGUAUCACUCCGAGAAAUAUGGGCCACAGUUAAAGAGAAGCUGAGUGAGCUUCUGUACAUAGUAUUCAACUUCCUCCGGAGACUGGAUCCUCUUGACUACCUGGAAGCCUUCCAGAUCCUCAUGAGGUGCACGGCAAGCCGGAGAGAGCUGGUCUUCACAAUCAUUGAGUUUAUCGCUCAGAAGCUCAACAAGGAAGUCAUGUCAAAUAUGAUUUAUCAAUGAAAAGGUAAAAAUAAAUUACAGUAGGGAGUUGUAAUUUUGUUAGGUCUCAAUUUUACAGUUCAUUGUUUAUUAUCAAGAAUUUAUGUAAACACAGGGAUAACAAGUUAUUCAUUAUGGUUUGACUAUAACAAAGUAUUCUAUGUAAUUCUAAAUGAAAAGUUGAACACAUUUCAAGUUAGAAAUAUGAAUUGAAGAAUAUGUGAAGUCCUGACUUAUUAAUUAGGUCAAAUAAUAGCUAUGAUGAGGCAAAUAGUCAAGUAAGAUUAACAAAUAACAUUUCAAUGAUUAUCAAAAUUAUGGUAACAUCCUUGUUACCUGCACCUGGCUUUUGGAUAGGACAGGACAAAAUCCUUGUUAUGUGUGAUUUUAAUUAAAAAAAAAUGGUAGACUGCACAUUGUGUGAUUAGACAUUAAUUGCUCAAAUAUCUAUCAAAAUGACAAACUUUUAGUUCUUUAGAUUAGAUAGUAAUUCACCUCAUUAAUUAAUUAUCAUGAGGAACACAAUAUUGAAGAUAAUUUAUUCAUGUCCUUGGUUCGAUACUAUGAAGCUUAUGAAUAAACCAUAUUGUUUUUGUAUCAACAACAUAUCAAUUACUAUAUUUGUUUGUGAUAAACAGAAUAUAGUGUCAUUUCGUUUUGUGAUUUCAAACUAACAUCCCCACUCAGAGACAUUUAAUGAUUACUUAAGUCACUCCUUAGUGAUGGAAUGUCAUACAAAUCCUUCACUAAGGAAUGGCUUAAGUAACCAUUAAAUGUCUCUGAGUGGGGACGUAAUAAUGAAUGAGACAGGUUACAACCACUUUUUUUUUGUUGUAAAAAAGUAAUUUGCCUGAAAUAAUGCUUGUCUGUACAUCUAGUGAUAUGUACAAAGUAAUAUUUUAUACAAAUGUGCAAGUAUCACAACUGUACAAUGUAAAACAAAACUGUCCUAUAUCAUAAUUACCGUUCCUAUUCAAAGUUAUCAAUAAUGUGUUCAUAUUUAAUUAUUGCCUUAUUUCUGGCCUACAGUAACAUGGGUAA